AUGGCAACUGUGGAACUAGAAACCACCACCACUCUUAACCCGCAACGUGCAGAAGAAAAAACUGAAACCAAUCAGGAGGUUGCCAACCCUGAACACUACAUUAAACAUCCACUGCAGAACAGAUGGGCGCUCUGGUUUUUUAAAAAUGAUAAGAGCAAAACUUGGCAAGGAAACCUUCAUCUGAUCUCUAAGUUUGAUACUAUUGAGGACUUCUGGGCUUUAUACAACCAUAUCCAGCUGUCUAGUAAUUUAAUGCCUGGCUGUGACUACUCACUUUUUAAGGAUGGGAUCAAGCCUAUGUGGGAAGAUGAAAAAAACAAACGAGGAGGACGAUGGCUGGUUACAUUAAACAGACAGCAGAGAGGAAGUGACCUCAAUCGAUUUUGGCUAGAGACACUGCUGUGCCUUAUUGGGGAGUCAUUUGAUGACUACAGUGAUGAUGUGUGUGGAGCGGUUGUUAAUGUUAGAGCUAAAGGUGAUAAGAUAGCAAUAUGGACUACUGAGUGUGAAAACAGAGAUGCUAUUACACAUAUAGGGAAGGUAUACAAGGAAAGGUUAGGACUUCCUCCAAAGAUAGUGAUUGGUUAUCAGUCCCAUGCAGACACAGCUACUAAGAGUGGCUCCAUCCCUAAAAAUAGGUUUGUUGUUUAAGAAGA